AUGUCUUCGCUAACUGCCGUGGCCAUGCAAUGCCCUGGCAUCAGCAUCAGCGUACCGCAGCGUGAUCGAGUGCAGAUCCGGCACCAAGUGCAUGACCGCGCCGUGGGUCACAGACUCGUUGCGGCAAUGAGCGGAUUCUGGUCCACACGCAGCCGGAAGCCCGAGCUGGGUGCAGCGCACAAUGAGGUCAGCGGAAGCAGCCUUUACGACUGGCACAGCUAUGUGGGGUGUGCCAGCCAUGACGGCCAUAAUGCCCUGAAGUGGUCGCAUCAGACCCUGUUUGCGGAUACCGAGCUUUUAGAAGGAGUUUACGUCGCAGUGAGUGCCAUCCGUAAUUCUUAUUACACUUGCACAGAUGCCCUGGGCAGUUGGCUGGUGCAGUCUGUGCAACCUAGGCAUGCGGGCAUUUUGCCUCCUCAGGACGACUUGUUUGCGUUGUGGUGCUGUCUUGGCGUGGAGCCUGAACUGGCGCACAAGCUGGCAGAGAUGCGUUUGCUCUGGCGUGAUGGCCGCCUGCUGAUCCUGCAGGAAGUCUUCCAUGCGUCGGAGUUUCUAGAAACCGUGUCGGCGUGCUUGCUGGCCCUAUGGCGCUUCCCCUCCUUCACGACAUCCAGAUGGUGCACUGUGGGUGCUUCUUGCCGAGCUUUAGCUGCCGGCCUCCUGAGCGGCUACGAUGGCUUGUUGGAGUUCAUGCGACAGAAGGGGCUUUUGGGAGAUUAUUUGUGGAACGGCUUCAAACGUUUGAACGCCAGAGCCGUAGAAUUUGUUUUCGUGGUUGGGCCAACAGCAUACUUGCCGGAAGGGUUUCUCGCACACUUGCUGCAAGAUGCCCGCGUCGCUGUGCAGUACCAGAAACUCAAGGAGGACAUCCAAUCGGAGUACAGCUUCUUGGAGCAUCUGCCUGAACGAGUGUGGGCACUCCUCGCGGAGCGUGUUGAACUGUCAGCCGACAUGCUUAGAAACAAAGUCAUUGCUGGUGCUACCAUCUCAUGGGCUUUCAUCGAGUGGAAGGUCCUACAGGUAGCCUCUGCUUUGCCUUGGAGCCUGUGCCGUGGUGACGUCCGUGCUAACAUAGAACAGCUGUCAGAUCGCCCUGUUGCACCAGCAGAGCCAACAGCCCGCAAGAUCUAUCAGUUGGCCAGAGGAGGUGUGAACAUGGUGCGGCUACAGAGAGCUGUCGCCCUGCUUGGCCAGGCCUCGUGGACGAGUUUCUUUACUGAGCGCCAACAUGCAUCCACCAGCUUAGUCAAGCGGCACCAUCCAGAUAUAGGGUGUGAUCUCUUGGCUGGUCGUGCAUUUCUGCACACCUUCCGGCAGAUGCUGCCGCAGCGGUCUCCGGAAGAAGUUGAGCGAGAACGAUUGCAGGCCAAGCUUUUCAAGGCUCUGAAGGGCAACCCCAACAAGAUCCGAGGACGGCAGAUGUUCUUGGCAUACACGAUGGCAAAGGCAACACGCCGAGAAGAAGAGAGACCUGAACGGCCUAGAUACAAGCGCCCUCGCAUCAUGCAGCUUCAUGGUGAGCAGUGGAAUCGGUUGACACCGGCGGCGAGGCAACGCUAUGAGACGGCAGCUUCCGUGCAGAGGGAUGUCGCUCAAGAGAUGCAGCGCAGGGAAGUCCAAGUGCUCCAAGAGCAGCUGCAGGAAGUGAACCAACGCAAGGCGACGAAAGAUACAGAAGCUGGCAGCUCAAUGGUUAUCAGUGCUUGUGUUCUUUCAGAUGCCAACCUGCAGAGACUGCAGGAGCUGACGCUUCGGAAGGAAGUGUCAGGCGCAGGGCUGCAGGCGCUGCGUGCGCGAGCUCUCACAUGCCCCAAGCCCCUUCCAGAAGCCGAGAUGGAUCGCUUGGUCUCAGCUUCUCAUGUUGGCUUCCCAGACAUGGUUCCCGACAUGCCCACGACUGCGAAACUGCUGUGCACCAUGCGGGUGGCUUUCAGCGAGGCCGUAUUUUGGUUGCCUGGCUGUCCUCGUGGAGAAUGGUUUCGAUUUGUUUUUGCGGUGCAGAACCCAAAGCUUCUCGUCUUGCUUCCCUUGGAGCCUGACCUUGCUAGCUUUGCGGGGAGGGUCGGGAACCUCAGUGAGUUCGACGAAUUGUGGCAGGCCCACUUCGAGUGUACAUGGUCCUUUGACUCCGGCAGCUUCGUUUACGCAGACAUCUUCGAAGGAGUCGCACUGGCAUCAAUCGGAGUGGUCAUGCACAGCAUCUUCACAGGGCCAGGUCUUCUGCAGUCCCGAGGCGUGCUGCAGCCACUGGAGCCACUUCUGACUGCGAUGCGUGGGGACAUGGCCGAAGCUAAGAGCACUUCGAGGACAACUGCAGAGCCAACCCGUGCUGCAGACUCAUCCGUCUCGGGCAAGUACCCGUGGCUGGUGGCUGUGGUUGGCUCAGCUGCUACGCCGGCUUCUGGUGCAGGACCCGAAGGCUUGCAAAGCACAGACGAUGCCGAGUCUGAUGACUACGACACACUUUUUGCCCAGCUCGAGCAGGAUCGCGUGGCUAUGCAGGAUGGAGAGCCCGCAGGCCCAGAGUAUUUUCGAACCUCUUUGCUUGGUGGAAAAUGGCAAUUUCAAAGAACCGGUCGGGCCGUGUACGGCCUGCGAGUGGAUGUCCGAGCAAACACGGCAGCGGCAGAGCUCUGCACAGUGUUUGCGCUGCCCAAAAGUGCAUCUUUCGAACAGCAGCUCUACGGAGAGUUUCAAGCAAGCAAGCUCGCCAAGCUGUGGGAAGAUCGAAUGCGAUUUCUUGUUUCUGUGUGGCUGGAUGCGGGCCAGCCUAGACGGGUGUUUCCGAAGGAACGCUUGUCGGCAUACAGAGUGCCUGCAGACAUCGAGGCGUGCUUAUCCAGCUUUGAGGGCAAGGCCAAACGCCGUGCUACUGCCAUUCAGACCUUGACGCCAGGCAAAGCUUGUGAGACGAACUGUCUUGUGAGGCGGGCCAUGUGCAGCACGCCUCAGAAGUCGGGGAAAUCUUUGCUGGAGGCAGCAUGGGAGCAGACUUCCGGCAAGAAAGUCGGGCGGCCGAAGAAGAUCAACGACAUUGAUGCUCAAGUCCGACGAUCCCUGCUAGACAACUUCAAGUCCUUCAGUGCAAAAGAAACCGAUGCCACAUUGGUCGAAGGGCUCACCCUACGACAGAGACUUCGCAGAGACAAAGAGGCCAGACACCACAAGGGCUGUGAGGUAGCCUUCGGCCGUCGGUACUACGACUCUCUUCGGGAGCUGUACUCAGACCAGGGUCGCGUUGAGAAGCUCUUGAAGCCAGACCCGAAGCUCAAGGUGAGUGACACGUUGCUUGAGGCAGCCACAGCUGCGCUGAAGCACCCUCCGAAUCGCAGCCUGAUGAUCUCCUUGCUGGAGAGCACACCCUCCUUGAACCAAGCCGAAGUGUGUGGAGUUUACAGGUGGUUCGUCAAACUGCACCCCAGCGCCAGCAAGGAGCAGCUCGAGGCGGGCAAAGCCGUAGUGCGAGCAACCGCGCGGUUGCAGCUCCAGUGCAAGUUUCCCGCAGAGUUCGCCCUGGUUCGUGAGCAAGUUGACCAAGUUCUUCUCCAGGCGUUCCUGGCCGUCAGCAAGAGUGGCUUGGGGCCGACCGCUUGGCUCAGCACCAAUGCAGCGCUUUGGCCCCUAGUUCUGCCGAAAGCCGCCACUGAGAAGAUCCUCACUAGCAAAGCGGAGGAUUCGUGGAAGUCCGUGGCGUCGGAGAUCCAGGCCGUGUCGAAAUCCUCGUUGCUUGGACAGAAGCUCUUCGGCUUCGCCGUGAAGAGCAUCCUCGGCGAGGAGGUUGAGGCGAUCAUCAAGAAGCACGUGGACAAGUUUGUGUCUUCGGGGAAGAUGGACGAGACCGGUUUGGCAAACGCUAAAGACGGCACACUGAAGGAGUUGCGUGCCCUGUCUAGCGCAGACAUGCUGGAUGGCAAGCGACAAGUGAGCAUCGACUACCGGGGCUGGUCCCUGACAGUGCAGGCCAGCAGCAUGGACGAGCAGAUGGACAUGUCAUUCGCAGCAGCCAUCCGGGGCCACGCAUCUGCAGCUGGGGAUUUGGCCUUGCUGCCAGCAGAGUCCUGGCUGUGCCAGGGGCCGGCUGAUGCAAAGCCAGGGGCUGUGCACAGCAGUCUCAUUAGGGAGGCUGGGGAUGCUCGCAGCCUUGCCAAGACGUUGCUGGAAGCUGACGGCUGCAGCAGCGGAGAAGGCAUGAAGGAGAUGCUGUUGGCGCACAAAGACAAGCUCAUGGCGACAGACCGCCAUGCUUUCAUUGACAUCUCCUUCCUCGGCCAUGUUGCCGGCAGUGGAGGACAGCAGGCAUUGGAGCAGGCCUACCUGCAAAAAUGCCUCCCGAGUGAGAAGAACUUGUUCUCGGUGCAGCGCGCGAUCAAGGAAAGCGAGAGCAUGAUGGCCGGCGACUUGUUCAAGUUCGUUGCCACCGAUGCACAAGGAGCCGUCUCGGCAGCCCAUGCAAUGCUCUGCCAGGUCCAGCAGGGCCUCCCAGCAACGACAGGUCUGCAGCACACUAAGUUCUUGCGAGAGGCAUGGUCAAAGUUGCAGUUCUUCAUCAUCUUUUGCCAGGGUCAGCCGGUGAAGUACGGUGAAGAUGGGCAUUUCAUCAUUCCUUCAGGGGACAUCAAAGUCACACUCGGCAGCGAAGCACUCCUCGCUAUGUGGGACAUCGUUCAGAAGAAGGACGAGGCGACCUUGUCCUUGGAAGACCUUGAGAUCUUCGUGUGUUUCGGCCAGCUCUUGAGUGAAUGCCAGCGCACCUCUGCGCACAACAAAGUCCAAGAAGUUUUGCGUCGAAACCAGGCUGUUGGGGCUGACAGUUCCAAAGCGUCGAAGGCGCCUGAGCAGCCCAAAAAGAGACGAAAGGUUUCUUCUGCUGCCGAAAGCGCCUCCUCAGCAGCCAAAUCCUUGUUUCAGUGA